GGUUUAUUCAAUUCUCACUCGCACUGAGUGUCUGUGGCUCAUAAAUCAUUUACCUUUUCAAUUUCUCAAUUCCAAAUCUAAAAGUCGUCAAAAAUGGCUCUCCGAUCUGUCAAAACGCCGACCUUGAUAACUUCGGUCGCCGUCGUCUCCUCCUCCGUUACCAACAAGCCUCACUCUAUCAGAUUCUCUCUUAAACCAACGUCGGCACUCGUCGUCCAUAACCAUCAGCUAUCGUUCUACGGUUCGAAUCUCAAGCUGAAACCAACUAAAUUCCGAUGCUCAGCGUCGGCUCUUACGCCGCAACUUAAAGACACGCUGGAGAAACUGGUGAAUUCGGAGAAAGUGGUUCUGUUUAUGAAAGGAACGAGAGACUUCCCGAUGUGUGGAUUCUCCAACACUGUGGUUCAGAUUUUGAAGAAUCUGAAUGUUCCUUUCGAAGAUGUGAAUAUUCUGGAGAAUGAGAUGUUGAGGCAAGGACUUAAAGAGUAUUCGAAUUGGCCGACGUUUCCUCAGCUUUAUAUCGGCGGUGAGUUUUUCGGUGGUUGUGAUAUUACUCUUGAGGCGUUUAAGACUGGAGAAUUGCAGGAAGAGGUGGAGAAAGCUAUGUGCUCUUGAUCCUGAUUUCAAUACUUGGUUUUUGUGAUGAUGGAAUUUGAUCUUAUCUAUCUAUCUAUCACCUGGGAAAAAAAAUGUGAUUUUGAUGUUUCAGAGUUUGUGGUUGUAACAUUAAGAGACAUAUAUUGUAUGAUGGAUUUAGGUAUACAACAGUUGGAGUUGCUUGGAAUUUGAGUUUCCUUUGUCAUAUGUGUUGGCCUGCAAAUUUGUGUUGUUUGUUGAAAGGUUUAUGUGUGAAGUAGUGCUAGUAGAAUCUAAGUUUGUUUCUGACUAAGAGACAUGAAGUCAUGGGUUGUUAUGCUCAUUCAUAUCCUGAUUGAGAUACAAUUUAAAGAAACUUAGUUCCAAAGAUUCUGAACAUUCACCGGUACAGUGUGUCUGCAAAUGGUAUUCUGUCUCACUUCAAUGUCUAAACACGUUGUCUCAAAAUGUAUCGUUUGUUAGAUACUCCUUUCAAGACAUAUGAUUUAGCCUCGCAUGUGUUCGUUGAUCC